UCCGCCGGCACACGCCGCCCCUGGCAGGGGGCCGAGCGCGCGCGAGGAGCCGCCGCCGCCGCUCGGGGUCGCCUGCAGCCCCAGAUUCCCGAGCGCUCGGCUGGCAUGGCAGCCACCUCGGCGCCGCCGAGCCCCGCGGCCAGCUAGGGGCGGCCCCCCCGGCCCAGCCCGUCGGAUCCCGCUUGACUCUGCGCCCUGGGGACGCGUCGCCUCCCAGCCGGAGGUGUCCACACGUCUGGCCGUUCAUCCGUCCGUCCCUCCUGGGGCCGGAACUGACCAUGCCCAGCGGCUGCCGCUGCCUACAUCUCAUGUGCCUGCUGUGCAUCCUGGGGGCAACCAGCCAGCCUGCCAGAGCGGAUGACUGCAGCUCCCACUGUGACCUGGCCCACGGCUGCUGUGCUCCUGACGGCUCCUGCAGGUGUGACCCAGGCUGGGAGGGGCUACACUGUGAGCGCUGUGUGAGGAUGCCUGGUUGCCAGCACGGUACCUGCCACCAGCCCUGGCAGUGCAUCUGCCACAGCGGCUGGGCAGGCAAGUUCUGUGACAAAGAUGAGCACGUCUGUACCUCACAGUCACCCUGCCAGAACGGAGGCCAGUGUGUGUACGAUGGGGGUGGUGAGUACCACUGUGUGUGCCUGCCAGGCUUCCGUGGACGUGGCUGUGAGCGCAAGGCCGGACCCUGUGAGCAGGCAGGCUCCCCAUGCCGGAAUGGCGGGCAGUGCCAGGAUAACCAGGGCUUUGCCCUCAACUUCACGUGCCGCUGCUUGGCAGGAUUCACGGGUGCCCGCUGCGAGGUGGAUGUGGACGACUGCCUGAUGCGACCUUGUGCUAACGGUGCCACUUGUAUUGAUGGCAUAAACCGUUUUUCCUGCCUCUGUCCUGAGGGCUUUGCUGGACGAUUCUGCACCAUCAACCUAGAUGACUGUGCCAGCCGCCCAUGCCAGAGAGGGGCCCGCUGUCGGGACCGCAUCCACGACUUCCACUGCCUCUGCCCCAGUGGCUAUGGCGGCAAGACUUGUGAGCUUGUCUUACGUGCCCCAGCCCCUGCCACAGCGGGCACCCCACAGACACCCACCUCAGCCGUAGUAGUAGUUGUACCUGCUACAGGGGCAGCCCCCCACAGUGCGGGGGCAGGCCUCCUGAGGAUCUCAGUGAAGGAGGUGGUGCGGAGGCAAGAGGCUGGGCUAGCUGAGUCCAGCCUGGUGGCCCUGGUGGUGUUUGGGUCCCUCACUGCCGCCCUGGUCCUGGCCACUGUGUUGCUGAUCCUGAGGGCAUGGCGCCGGGGCAUAUGCCCCACUGGACCCUGUUGCUUCCCAGCCCCACACUAUGCCCCGGCUCGGCAGGAUCAGGAGUGCCAGGUUAGCAUGCUGCCAGCGGGGUUCCCUCUGCCGCCAGACUUGCCCCCUGAGCCUGGCAAGACCACAGCACUGUGAUGGUGGCAGGGGCUCUCUGGCCCCCUUCCUCAUCUCCUUCACACCUCAGACUGGAGGUCCGCCCUCACCAGCCCUCGGCUUUGGUCUACCCUUCCAGGGGAUUUCAGCCUCACACCAGAAAUACUAUUUUUUUAAAACACAGAAUGUAAGAUAGGAAUUUUAUCAAAUAAAAUUAUGAAAACGAAA